CAGGGUAUUUAAGAACGAACAGCAUUUUGUGGCCUAGUCAAAUGAGCGUCGUCUGCUAUGAGUGAAGUUUCUCGACCAGUCCCGUCUGAACAGAUAAUUUAAAAGGUUCAUCAACGAGGUCGAAUAAUCAGCCAUACACGAUGUCGAAACCGAAUUCGAAAACGAGCGAUCCUGUUUAUAUUUUCCUGGCUUUCUUUGUCCUGGCCGAGUUCCUUGGCGUCGUCCUCGUCAACACUCUUGCGUCUUUGCCUUCAGACCCCACAGGUUGGUUCCUGAACACGACGGGGGACAUAUCGGAUAAGUACGAUGUAGCCAUCACCCCUGCUGGUUGGGCCUUUUCAAUCUGGUCUGUCAUUUAUAUCUGGCAAGCAAUUUGGAUCAUCUACGUCAUCGUUAACAUCUUCAGAACAAACAAAUUUGGAAAGGUUUACAUGAACCCACCGCUCGUCCCGCCAGUAUUUCUGGCAUCCUACUCCGUCAACCUAGUCCUCAACAUUGCCUGGUUGUUCUGCUUUGAUAGAGAGUAUAUACCAGUCGCCUUCGGUGUCCUAGCCCUCAUCGCAUUCAGCGCCUAUGUAUGUCUCUUCAUCAGCUACCGAGCCGUCAGUAGACACAUAGAUCAACUCUGGGAACAUCACAGGCUCGAUCUUUGGCUAAACAGUAUCUUCAUCCAAAACGGCAUCCUCAUAUACGCAACUUGGUGCUCAAUCGCAACCCUCCUCAACUUUAGUAUGGUCUUGACGUACUGGGCUAACGUCGAAGAGAGGAUCGCCUGCCUUAUUUGUCUCUCCAUCCUCGCCGCCGAGCUCGUCCUCUACUUCCUCGUCGAUAUCUUCUUCCUCGAGUACCACCUGCGAUCGGCCUUCAUGGUCUACCCGGUUGUCAUCUGGGCCUCGACGGCCGUACUCGUCAACAACUGGGACCCCAACAGCAGUGUGUCUAUCUUCACAGCCGUCAUCGUUGGCUUAGCUUCCGCUGCAUUCGUGGUCAAGCAAAUCAAAUCAAUCAUGACAUGCUGUUGUCGUAAGGAUCAAAAGACUGAUGCAAGCAAAGAGAAAAUGUCUAUGGAGAAUGUCGCCUAAUUUCGACUGCCAUUUCAAUAUUUUGAAGCAGCGGACUGCAAAGCAAAGACUUUCUGUUUCAGGAAAUUAGUAGUUGAAAUACUUUUCAUUAGUGAAAUAUCUUUAUUUCUCCUGGCGUCACACGCAGUGAGUCUGUAAAUAAUUCAAUGAAACGAUCAAUACAAGUUGAAUUAUGUCCCAUAGUUAGCGAUCAGAAAACAUGUAAUGUGACAAUGUUGGGAUUAUUUUAUUACGAGUAAUUUAAGCGUUUGUAUUUUGAAUAUACCACAUGAUGUUUCCUUGAAAUGAAUGUGGAUAAGUGCAUCGCAAUGAAAUAUCCUUAUAUCGUUGCUCUACCAUUUCGCAUCUCAAUUAUUGGGCGGGAAAUUCUCAUAUCUCUCGGCAAGUCAUACUUUGAUCCCGAUGCAUUACGUAGGCUCUAUUUGGACGGAUGUCCUUUUUUAAGUGACCUGCUUGCAAGAAGACAAUCUGGGAAUUUUGGAAGAGGGAACUGAGGGAAUUCGCGGAAGAGGGGGGGGGGGGUCACAAAGUAGGCCUAUAUUUGACCACCCUUUUUCACCGAAAGAAGGGGGUGGGGUAUUCAAAUGGAUGGGUUUGCUCUUUCGCUAUUUGAACUCUGAAAUAAAGUAAAUAUUGUAAUACCGUUUUUCGUGGACAGGGUUGUGACUCCAUCCCCUUGGCUCUUUUAGCCAGCUCAUGCGAGAUUGAAGUUAACAUGUGGAUAUCGUCUUCGCUGUUUUAGUCUUCGAGUCAAAGUAAAUAGGUAUUUCAUUACCCCCCC